UCAAGAUGUGAAUGAAGUUGUGAAUCAAUUCAUGAAUGGUGUCAUUUUGGCGUAUCUGAAAUCUUUUUGAAUCGAGGCAAUCUUAGUUUUGACAAUCAAUACUCGUCAAUAGCAGAGAAAACCGAAAUGAGCUCGCGCAAACCGAGAUCGGGUGAAUUGACGCCAAUUCAGGACGAUGGGAGUUGGUACGAGUCCAGUUCGUCGCAGUCCGGUUCCGUUUCUCAUCGCUCGGGAAGCGUAGACUCCUCUACUCUCAAAAGCACAUCGUCAAAAAGUGAGUCUUUAAAAUCGCCAAGUCGAUCUGAGAAAAGAGAAUCACCGUCUCUAACUAGAGUUAAAUCCGCAUCGAGUAAAGGUUCAUCCGGUCAAACGUUGGAACUCAAGACAGUAUCCAGGAGGACGGGUUCGAAGGUGGAAGUCAGAGUUCCUUCAGCUUCUAGUAGUUCCCACAGCAACAGAGAAUUAGAGCGCAGUUUUGAAGCUGAAACAAAGAAAGUUAAAAAAGCGAAGACGACUGAAAAAGCUGUUCAAAAUUUGAAGGACCAACUUUGGGAAGAAUAUCUGGACGAAAUUGAGUUCCAAGAUGAAGCUCGAGAAACGACAAAUCGAAGUGGAAGGGCGAUGGGACUGAGGUCGCAAACUACCGAUAGAAGCAAGUUGGGUAUUAGUGGGACCAAUGCCAAAGUUAAAAUGAAAUCCCCAUACGAACAUAGAAUAUCAGACACAAUGGGAUCGUCCGUAAACUGCAAUCGAAACCGCAGGAAACUGAAGACUGUGACGACAGAGUUCGAAGUGCCUGACGAAAUUUCGAAGCAGUUGGAACCUUUUUCUCCGCAAGGAACAAGGAGAGUUCACAUAGAACAGACCACAGGAUCAGACUCGGACUUGGAGAAAAUCGAAAAAGUUUUGAUGGAUGAAAUAAAGCCGAAUAGUAUCCCCUACAAAGAUGGAAGACAGCACCCAAAGCAGAGGCGAAGGAAAACUAAUUCAAGAUCACCGCGGCAGAGCAAAUCACGAUCGCCAACAUCCCCACGCCGUGCACCUUCGGUUGUUGUCGAUGGAGGCGAUCCCUUUCACCCCCUCCGCCUUAUGAUUUUUCGCAAUGGAGACCGAGAAACGAGUGCACUGAUUUCGUGUUCUAAUUUCAACGAUCUUCUAUCUCUCUCCACUGCACGACUUAAUCUGAAUUCGGCUGCUAGGAAAGUCUUCGUGAAGGGGGGUCAGAGGGUGACUAAUUGGGGGGAUAUUAAGAGACUGCAAGAAGGGAGUGAGGGGCAAAACGUCUGCCCUCAGUUGUACAUUUCAAUGGGAGAGCCCUACAUGAACCCUUAUAAGUAUAUCAAUGAGAGUGCCAGACUGAAGGGAAACAUAGUGUGGACGAUGAAUGGAAUCCAGUUGCCUGAAGACGACAAGAGAGGUCGCACUUCAAAGGAAGGAGUGCCAGAGAGAAUUCAGCAGCUAAGUUCGACCAAUCAGAAGCGAGUGCUCGUUCUCAGAAAUGGGAUAGGGUUGGAACACAAUGAGAUUGUGGUUGAUGCCGAAGAUUUCCAACAGUUCCUGGACUACUCCUCGGUAGUGCUAGGCCUCGGAGGACCUGCUCAGAAGGCUUUCACCAUUCAGGGCAAGGAGAUCAAGAAUCUGAAACAACUGAACCCAAUUGACAAACUACUCUACAAUACUAGAGGACCUGGACAGGUGUUCGGACCUGUUUGGGUCAGUAAAGGUGACUCAUUCAGUGGAUUGGGAUCACGUGACUUCAUUCUCAAGUGUGUGAAGUACUUGAAGGGGGAGAAGAAGAGGAGUGCGUUUUUAGUGGGGCAGAUUGAACUGGCGAUGGGGGAGGAGAGAGGGAGGGGGACAGUGACAGAGAAGAAGUACCUGUCGAUGGGCGAGGAUGAAUUGUACGAUGCACUCACCAAGGAGCAAGAUUAUCUAGACUACGUGACCAAACUCAUCAAACAACUCAACUCCACUUUGGCUGAAAUUCAACCAAUCAUCGACGAGGAAAUGUCUCUAGGCAGCAAACACCGCAUGAGUCACAUUAAGGAGCUCUCUCGGGGAAUGGGAGGCGCAAGUGGUUCUUUAUUGGGGAGGGGGUCACUUAGAGUGACGAUACAUGAAAAUGGGGCCGAUGAAUUGGACGAGGGCGUGAUCGUGUAUUAUGACUUGGACAAGGAUCACUCGUUUUACAAGGGUGACAUUGGCAAAUUUCUGGAUCAUUGCGCAUCUAGUAGUUCUCGAUUGGCAAAUCCCAGAUUCAGUGCAUUCUCCUGUAAGGCUAAGAAGCUGUUCGACAGCAUGGGACAGGAGAUGACCAAUGUUGGGAUGCUAGAAUAUAGCAAUCACUAUUGGAUGUCUUUUGGAGAGCCGUUCAGCGAGCCGAUAACGCGGGUGGUGCAGUUGAACUACAAUCAAAACAACCCAGUGGCUGGGAGUGAAGUGGUCACUGCUCACAAGAUGCUAAGCAGCAACAAGGCCUCUGCGUCACAGACAUGGACUGUCAAAAAGAACGGAGAGAUCUGUUCAAAGUUGGGUGACAACAUGUGUCUAACAGUAUCAGACGACACAGUCCCUUCUCCCUUCUCAGAAGACGCUGGGAAAGAACUUCAACGACUAACUGUUGCCACAAAUGACGGACUCUCAUCGCAGAGGUUCUACUUAGAUGAAAAGGGAUCCAUUCAUAGCUCAGCCUCUGGACACUUGGUUGUAACCUAUGUCCACUGCACUGGCGAUCAAGGUCAGCCAGGAAUGAAUUCUUCCUUGCCCUUCAACGGACUGGUAUUGAGGGAGAAAUUUGCAUCGAGCUCUCCAUUUGCACAGAACCAAAGGUUUGGACUUAAGCAGGAGCCGUUCCGUGGAAUUGAGGAAUAUCGCAAAUGUCGGAUUGAGAACCCAGAGUGGGCCAAGAGAGCACUCACGUGGCCAGUCGACAUGAACGGAGACUUCAUAAAGGGUCUGAAGUGGCCAAUCACUGCCUUCCUCAUGUGCGAUGCCCCACCCACCAGAGCCCCUCCUGCCCCCGUGAACAAGUAUGCAGAGGCCACGCCCCUUAGACUGCGGGUUCUGUUCAACGGGUGUGCUGACCAACAGAUGGCCCAGGUUGUCAUGGCACCCGACCUGUCACAGCUGUACAAGAAGUUGAAGAUGAAAACGGAGAUUAUGAAGAAGAAAAACAAAGGGAGAAGAGGAGGGGCUGAAAUUGAAGUAUCGGGCAAGAUACACUGUUUGGACAUCACCAUCCGACAACAUGAGUUUAACAUGUUCCUGGAACAAUGUACUUCUAGUCUACAUCUGCCCUCUGCAUGUCGGAGACUCUUUGACUCUACUGGCAAAGAACUGACCUCGCUUGAGAGUCUGAACAAGAACGACCUGGUCUAUGUGACUAUGGGGGAGGGGUUUGUCAAUCCGGAGGCUGCCAGUGAUAUAAGUCAGGCCAGUUAUGUAGCCAGAUUGGCUGCUGAUGUUAGAGCAAUCGAACAGUUGCAGACACUGACUAGCUUCAGAGGUCUCUGUAUGGAGGUGGAAGGUAGCGACCUCAAAGCGGGUUCUCUCGUCAAAGUGGGCAUAUGUGAGUUGAGUGGACAGGAGAGAGAAGCCAUAGGCAGGACCCCCACUCCCUCCCCAGUGCCAACCCCCCCUGAGACGGAGGAGGAAAUGCUCGCCAAACAAAACUGUCGUUUUCGAUCCCACUACUACGCUGACAAGUACAUGGAGAAACACCACGAGUUUCAGUGGAUGUCCCACUGUAAGAUGUGUAAGGGAUCCAACACCUGUCAGAUACACGACUACGAAGUGCCACCACAGACACCACCAGCUCCCAAACCAGAAAAACCGGAGAAUUACAGCCCAAGUUACUUCAAACAAAGCUUUCUCAUUAAGGAUCACGAGUUCAUCAUCUGCAAGUUCAAUCCAAAACUUGCCUUUACUGUGAACGAGUUUGGAAGGCUUGUUUUGGCCACGUUUAAUGCCCUGGAUCCCAUGCAGAAAUGGAUUUUCCAUAACGACGGGCAAAUAAGUCCAAAAGACAUGCCUGCCGAAUCUCUAGCCAUAUGCAUUCCGGCCUGUUUGCCUGGGGAUGAAACUCGUCCUGAUAAAUCGGAGCUCUAUCGGGGCUGUGAAAUUAUGUUGCAGCCUAUGACCUCGUAUGAGUUUGGAAACGCACAUUUUAAAUGGAGUAUCGAUGUGAAGUUGGGAAUUAUUGACGCGUUUGCGACUAAUUCUGUUGACAUAAGACUAACAAUUGCCAAUCGUGUGGGAGUUUGUUCAGCCGCGCUCAACAACACAGAGAUAAUUUCUCAGCCUGGUGGUGCGUUUCGUCAUUUGAACACUGAGUACGUGCUCUGUUUCUCUUGUGCCCGUGUCUUCAGAGGAAUGGGAAAAGUGGUGGAGAAAAUGGAAGAGCAGGAGAAAUUCUCAUGUGCCAUGCAUUCCGGUCUGCCUCUCACCAAGAAGUUCACAGGAUCAUUCAAGGCUUUGACCAAUGAACCAGUAGAUUUGUCACCCGACAAAGAAGUGCUAACCCUUGCGCAGCUGAAAACAGAUCUGGCAAACCAACACAAGAAGAAAGUCACCAUUCCUGACAAGCCUUUCUCUUUUUAUGAAAAAGAACUGUUCAUUUCUGUGCUGGCGAGAAAAAAUGGUUGUAACGUGAAUGAUAUGCCAGUCUUGGUUUCUGCAAAUUCAUAUGAGCAGUUAAUCUCUUCGUUGUCUUCAAAACUGGGUCUGGGAACUUCCUGUGGGUCCCUGUAUCUAUUUGGACCAGAAGGAGAACUGAUGACAUGUUGGGAGGAGCUACUGGACCAAGUUGUUGACUCAUAUGCUGCUCGGCAACUGGGGAAAACAGUGAUUCGACCGCAGAAUAUAGGCGCAGAUGGCACAAUAACGUAUCGUAAAUCAGCACUACCCUCCGGCCACGAUGACUCAUUCGGAGGGGGAGACAGUCCCUCAGUUGACAUCCAGCUGCCAUCCAGACCACAGACCCAGAAGAACCCCAGACAGCAAAGAAGGGCUCUUUUUGCACAAGGUGAAGGGGUAGACAAAGGACUCGAAGAUGAAAGGAAUGAGAGUUCGACUCCUGUGGCCAGUCCUGUGCUUAGACCUUCGGCCCCCGAGCCGAAAGUGAACCUGAUUCGAAAUGCCACCUUCGACGAGGAAAACUUCGCAGAACAUUCCGAAGUACCAUCUCAUUGGUCAGCAAUAGGCGGCGCUCAAUUGAAGUCGAAAUACGACUCAAGCCUCGACAUGUGCUACUGCGAAGUUGACAGACCUCGGAAGGCUUCGGCGAUUUCUCAGAACGUAUCAAGCGUGAUCAAAUUCAACAAUAGAUAUAAAAUGACUUUUCUGCUGAAAAUGGACUCAGUUAAAUCCAGUUUGGUAACAUGUGCUUUGAUGUUCAAGCGAUCGAAAGUCGCUAGAAAAGAAACGGUUGUAUUCAUUGCGGCGAUUAUUUCAUCUGAUGGAGAUGAUUGGAUGGAAGUAAGAGGGAUGCUCAAUUUGCCGAAAAGUGAAGAAGCCGAAGAUCCGUUCGAGAGCACACUUUUCAUAAAUGUCACCGACGAUAGAGAGACAUCAUUUUGUGUGACAAAGUUUGAGCUAGUUGAAGAUACGCCAGAACUGUCGAAACUAGGCCAGAAAACAAACUUGUUCGAAAACAAAGACUUGACGAUUUUAAUUGGACAGACAUCACCUGCUUACUUUUUGCCCAAAAAUUAUUCUACCCAACUGAAAGUUGCCAAGAAAGGAACCUGCUCUGUGGUUGCCAGCGAAGUUCACAGUCUCACGAGGGCGUCUGAAUUUGAAGUUUCCUAUGACGUAACAUAUCUUGUGCAAAAAAAGAAUUUGUUCAAAGUGGAACUCGAUGCUCGCUCGGCAGAAUCCACCAGUGCAGAGCUGAAGGUAGUAUUCGCCUACAAAAUGAGUCAGGAAAAGACGGAAAAGACAAUUGUGCUCUCCGAAACAGAAUUAGACGACAACAGCUGGAAAAAAGUGUCAUGUCGUCUCUCUUUGCCGACCACAGAGUCACAACCUGAUCAAAUUAUUGAGUCUUGUGAAAUUAGAAUCUCUUCUCAGUCGGCAUUUGUGUUCAAGAAUCCCGUUUUUGCCAGAGAAACCAGCACCGAAGCUUCCCUCUCUGGUGUUGACCAGAAUGUUAAUGGCGUAGAUACAGGAGAUCUGGAGUUCACUGAUUCGAGCGCCCUGGACCAAACACAGGAUGUCAUUGCAGAGUUCACAGCGGGUCACUCCGACUUCCUCGACAUCCGGGAACUGAAUGUGGAAGCGGUGUUAGCCAGUCAUAGAAUGCCGCUCUACGUGUCCAAGACAAACAAGUUCAUCACACCAGAAGUGGCGUCAGAGGAGCAACUUCGGGAGAAAGAACACUUUAUCAAGCGACGUCCCACAGCUGUACACUUGGACAUAGAGAAACACAAGUUGCGUCUUCUGCAAGGCAGAAGAGUGAACAGGUGUUCGUCUGCGAGACUGCAGCCCACUAUGGAUCCAGGGCAGCCGGUGGUUGUGGUGGACUCCUGGAGUGAGGUCACCGAGGAGGAACUGAACAUACAGCAGAAUGUUCGCAAACUCAAGAAAAGCUACGACUCUCAGGCAAUACGAGCCUCAACUUCUCUUACCAAAGCAGACUACGCGAAGCUCCUUCGUCCUCCUGGCAAACAACUCUUCGUGUACAAGAACGGAGAGGACUGUUCGCUCAAGGAGAACAUAAUUCCGAUAUAUGCCAGCUGCAUGGAUGAUGUGAUACGAAGUGCCACAAAUAAAUUGAGGAUGGGAUUCGCCGCCAGAAAAGUGUACCGACCUGAUGGCACACUGGUUACUAAUUUUGAUGACAUCAGCAAACACUCUCUGCUAUGUGUGUCACAAGGAGAGUCGUUUGUGAAUCACUCGGAUGCAAAACGGAAACUGUUUCUCAAAGCCAGGUGGGCCAGAGACAAGCGACUGGGAAGAGAACAGCCCCAAACUGCCAUAGUUGAACCCAGAAUCAAUCCACUGGCCAUGGUGAACCCACUUGGAGCUUCCUGCUACACGGUACAGAACAAACGAGCUAGUGACGCAAUCGUGGAAAGUUCCAUCACAUUCCUAACUCAGUUGCCAGUGUCUUGAUUUCCACGAGGGAAUGAUGUUUGAUAUGAUGCAACUAUAAUUGUACAAAUGUGAAUAUGAUAGAUUUAUCCAGCAAAUUGUAAAUAAUUGUCUAAAUUUUUCUCGAAUUUGGUUGCAAUUCAAAGCGUAAAUUUUAGAA